AUGGCGAGUAUUGCUGUCCGUCGAGGUCUUUCUGCUGUCUCUCGCAAGGGAAGAGAAUUUUCGACUGUCCUUGUUGCCACUGAGGAAUUCCCAGGUCUUCCCAGCACAACCCCAGAGACAGCAAAGGCAUCUACUGCUUCAGUCACCAAGCUUUCUAGUGGCUUGACUGUAGUUUCUGAGGAUGCUGCCUCCACUUCCACAGUCACGAUGACCUUUCCAAAGGCAGGUUCUGGAUCCGAACAACUCGGAGAGCAAGGAGCUGCUUUGAUCAACAAGUGCUUGGCUUUCAACAGUGGAUCUGGUCUUUCUACAAUCAUGAUCCUCCGAUCGAUUGAGAACGAGGGUGCCAUUCCUUUUGCUUCUGUUGAAAGAGAUUUUGCCACUGUUGGAUACACUGUCGAGCCCGAUAAUGCCGAGGGAUUGAUUCCACUUCUUGCCACUGACUGCACUUUCGAAAAAUGGGAUGUUCGUGACGCAAAAACUCUUGCCGCAUACCAAGUCGCUGCUGCCAACAAAAAUGCCCAAGAGGUCCUUACGGAACAAAUCUUUGCUGCUGCCUAUGGUGCCCAAUCCCCAAUGGGACGUCCGCUUUUCGAUGCUAGCGCUGGAGCAUAUGAAAUCGCUUCCUUCCGAACACGAGGAUACGGACUUGACGGAGCCAUCUUGGCCGCCACCGGAAUCAAGGAUCACGCUUCUUUCUGCAGCAACGUUGAGGAGUUGUUGAGCGAAGCCCCCGCUGGAUCUUCCCAUGGCGUUCCCGAACCCGCCUACAUUGGUGGAGAAGCCAGAAUUGCUGCACCAAUUGGAUAUGCUCACGUUGCUCUUGCCUUUGGUACCGAUGCUUCCAUCCCAUUGAGAAACGUCUUGAAGCAUUGCUUCUCCAUCGCCGGAAAGGAAGGUGGUGUUUCUGGAUUCGCCACCAGUGGACUUGUUGGAGUUUAUGGUGGUGCUGUCACCGAAGGUGCUGGCUCCAUCGACUCUGCCAUUACUGGAGCUUUGACAUCCAAGCUUUCAGCUGAUGUUGUCAACAAGGCCAAGACUCUUGCCAAGGCCGAGGCUCUCUUUGGCAUGGACUGUGGAAGCAAGGGGCUUGCCGCCACAAUGACUGCAAGUGUUAUGGAAUCUGGAUCUUUCUUCUCCAACGCUACUGCUCUUGCAGCUACAUACGACGCCAUCACAGAAAAGGACGUUAACGGCGCUCUUGCUGCCGCACUGAAAACCAACCCAUCUGUGGCUGCUGUCGGAGAUAUCGGUGUUGUACCAUACCAAGGCACCUUUGCCUCUCGAUUCUAA